AUACAGAUUUGCUUUUGGCAACAAAAAUGACAGAAAUCCUCAUUUAUACACCUGCAAUGCAGUUGUCUCAAAUGUUUUGGGCAAUCUUCUUCUUCCAUACUUCAGAGUACAUCCUGGCAGUCAUGAUCCACGGUAGAUCAAAUGUUACUCUCAGCUCUUUUUUGAUAAGCAAACAAUACCUUAUGGCGAUGCUCUUCUCUUUGGUGGAAUACUUUCUUGAGCUCUACUUUUUCCCUGGAUUGAAGGAUAAUUGGUGGAUUAGCUAUUUGGGACUUGUAAUGGUUAUUAUAGGGGAAAUCAUAAGAAAGUUGGCAAUUCUUACAGCUGGUCAGUCCUUCACCCAUCUCAUUAGAGUCCUCCAUGACCGUCGUCAUGAAUUUGUCACUCACGGUAUUUACAGUUUCGUUCGUCAUCCUGGCUAUUCUGGUUUCCUCGUUUGGUCAGUUGGCACACAAGUUAUGAUGUGUAGUCCAGUUUCAACUGUGGCAUUUGCUGUUGUGGUUUGGAAUUUUUUUGCAAAGCGGAUACCUUAUGAAGAGCGUUUCCUCAGACAGUUUUUUGGGCAGGAAUAUGUUGAGUAUGCUCAUACUGUUCCUUCUGGGAUUCCAUUUGUGAAGUGAG